AUGGGCCUGCGCCUGUAUUUGGAAGGGAAAAAAUGCAACCGGUUGGCCAUGCAUAUACAGCACCUCUCAAGCCUUCCAAAUUGUAUGGAAUUUUUAUUGGCCAACAGCUCCAUGUGCAGGCCAUGUCAGUGGCGAGGUUCUGAUGAUUAUGAGUCCAUUAACCAAUUCUUAGAACCAGUCAAAUGGAAGUCAUACUCUCAUGUCUGCACAUCAGCAGUCAAGUAUGAUCCCAAUUGGCUGAAGGGAGGUUCAACUGGGGUUUUUGUUGUAACUGGUGUUCAGCUUUUGAGCAAAGGCAAGUGGCCAAAGACCAUACUUCAUCUCCGUCUGCUCUUUACACAUAUACCCUACUGCACCAUUAGGAAGAAAGAAUGGGGGAUGGCACCAGAAGCUUCUCGGAAGUCAACUUUCCUUGCAUCUCUCAAGACAACAUUCACCUUCACUCAACAGGCAACUGGUCCACCAAAGCAGCUUCCGACUGCACUAAACUCUGGUGUAUACCCAGAUGGCCCACCUAUGCCCAUCCGCUCCACAAAGCUUCUUAAGUAUGUGGAUACAGCUGAGGUAGUGCGCGGUCCACAUGAUGCUCCCGGGCAUUGGUUGGUAAUCGCUGCUCAGCUAGUCACAGAUAAUGGUAAAAUUGGUUUGCUUGUAAAGUAUGCAUUGUUGGAUUAUUCACAAGAGUCAUAG